AUGGUUCUUCAAUACCCCCAGAAUAAAAUAUUGGUUUUAUCAGAUCACCCACACAACUUUUUAAAAACACAAUUUUUGCAAGACCUGUUUCAUUGCUCUAGCACGGGCAUCAGUAUAGUUAAGGACCAAACUUGGGAAAAUAGAUACUAUAAAGUCCAUUUUGAUCUUUAUAUUGACUCUUGCAAAGAGAUACCAGUAUGGGUGGAAGAAUUUAUAACGCCUGAAUGUGAACCGCUUAGAAAUGUCAUGGCAGGAAUUAUCUUAAUAACGGACAUCCGGCAAACAAAACCUCAAGAACUGCUGCACCAAUUCAUGAUAGCUGCCCAUCGAAAUACUUUUGUUGUGUUGGCCAAUGUGAACGAAGAAGUCGAGCAAGAUGAAAUUGAUGAACUGAAUGAGAUAUGGAGCAAUGCCUUUACAAACGUCAUCGAAUUCGUAAACUGGAAAAGGUCAAAACCAACUGUUAAUCAUAACGACUAUGGAGAAAAAUUGGGGCUUGAUAGGAUCCAGGAGAUUAUAGAUACCCACGACUGGUUAAAUUGUGAAGUUCAACCGGCUACUAAAAUAAGGGAGGAAAUUCCUAAUGAAAUGCCCCUCGAACAAAUAAUUAGGAAUUUGCAAAGUGCAAGGCUAAAAUAUAAGUCUAUCGAGAAUAGUAGUGAAGCUGAUGCUUUUGCAAAUGAAAUGGCUGACGAACUAUCCAGAUAUUUAUGA